UAGCUACAAAUUGUGUAUUUUCGUUUUUCAUCACAAACAUCGGCUGUGUGAAGGAUUUACAAGCUUUCAUUUCCCCAAUUCACCUUGAAAGAGGUGUAGGAUGUUCGUGAAGCAGUUGCUGAGGGGUGCAGUGAAGCAUGCUGGGAGCAGUCCCCAGUUCAGUGUGGAGAGAUUGAUCUCAGCAGCGCGUGGCUUCAGCUCAUCUUCACAACACUUUGGGGGAACUCAUCCUCCUCCCUGCACUGACACUGAACACCCCAAAGUCCUCAUCACUGGAGGGCUUGGUCAGCUCGGGGUGGGGCUUGCAAAGCUACUGAGGAGACGAUUUGGAAAAAACAACGUUAUCCUGUCCGACAUUAGGAAACCCCCAAACCAUGUCUACAAUAAUGGUCCGUUCAUCUUCUCAGACAUCCUGGACUCUAAGAACCUCCGGGAGAUCGUGGUGAACAACAACAUCAGCUGGCUGAUUCACUACUCUGCGGUGCUGUCCGCUGUGGGAGAGAACAACGUCGCGCUGGCCAAAGAGGUCAACAUCACAGGUCUCCAUAACAUAUUAGACAUAGCAACCGAUCAUGGUCUGCGUGUGUUUGUCCCUAGCACUAUCGGUGCCUUCGGUCCGUCCUCACCCAGAGACCCCACCCCCGAGCUGUGUGUGCAGAGACCCCGCACCAUCUACGGCGUCUCCAAGGUCCACGCCGAGCUGAUGGGUGAGUACUACCACCACAGGUAUGGGCUGGAUUUCCGCUGCCUCAGGUACCCGGGCAUCAUCUCCGCUAACUCCAAUCCUGGGGGAGGAACAACAGACUAUGCUGUGCAGAUCUUCCACACUGCGGUGAAAACUGGUUGCUUUGAGUGUAACCUGCGCAGUGACACACUGCUCCCCAUGAUGUACAUAGAUGACUGUCUCAGGGCGACUCUGGAGUUCAUGGAGGCUCCUGCAGACUCACUGCUCAGCCGCACGUACAACAUCAGCGCGAUGAGCUUCACGCCACAUGACCUCGUCCAGGAGAUGCAGAAAGUCCUGCCCGAACUCAAGGUCACCUACAAUGUGGAUCCUGUACUGCAGGCUAUAGCGGACGGCUGGCCGAUGGUGUUAGAGGACAUCGCAGCGAGGCGGGACUGGGGCUGGAAGCACGAGUUCGACCUAUCAGAGCUGGUGCAGACCAUGCUGACUCACAUCACUACCUCCAGCCAGCGUGCACAAGCAAACUGAGCCCUUUUCACUCCAUGGAAAGCUUUAUUUAGAACUAUUAAACACUGAAGAUUAAGAGAAUGUUUACGAUUACACGUUAAACAGCUCAAACAUAAUAACAUCCAACAACUAUCCUCGUCUCCAUCUAAUGUUCAUAAUCUGAUGCAAGACUAUGCAUACUAUCUCGCUAUGUUACUGGACUUUAAAUAGUCCUCUCUCUGAAUGUACUGUAUGUAUGUAUGGCAUGUACACAGAUGACUUGGCCUUCUGUAUUUGCAUGUGUAGCAGCUAAAUGACAUUUGGAGGGCGAUUCAGCCGUCCUGAAAACCAGUGGGCUUUGAGUAAGAGACACUCAAAGGCUUUACCUCGAUACGUAAGAGAUUCAAACCCUAGUGUUACUGUAGGGUUAGUUACAGGGGCUUUAACCAUAGUUGCCUAGCAUUAUAAAACAUGUCUGUGUUAAAGAAGAACAGCUACUUCACCCGUACACUAGCUGCUUUAAAUAUUAUUUGUAUUUGAAUGAUUUUAUCGUUGGUCUCAGUUUCGAAGCUGCAGCCUCGGAGCUGAAUAUUUAUGGAUGUUGAUUUAAUGAAUGCAUUAGCAGUCAUUUUCAUUUUAAGGGAAGUAGGGCUCUUCAGUUUUGCAGCUGUACUCUUAAGGAUCUGUGAAAAACACGUGUAGCAUGGAGGGAGCGGGCUAUAGAGCUCCAUUUUGUUUCUUUUUUAAUAUUGAUGUUAUUUAUAAUUAUAUUCUUUGCAGCUUUUUCUGUCAAACCAAACGGGACGAACUUUUUCUUUUUUAAAUAAACACUUA